AUGAUAGUUGCUAUAGUAUCUCUAUUUGUGAUCCUCUGGUGGAUUUUUAAAAGUGAUUUGAGAAAAGUUCAGCUAGCAUGGAAUUUUCCAGGACCUAAAGCAUUGCCAAUUUUUGGAAAUGGACUUGAGCUUGUAAAUAAGACAACGCUUGAAUUUGUACAAAUCAUUCAUGGAUACAUAAAAAGUCAUGGAAAGUUUCUCAGAAUUUGGAUAGGAAAUGAACUUGUUACAAUUUUUAUGGAACCAAAGGAUGUUCAACAAAUCUUAACGGAUGUCAAAUUAAUAACAAAAGCUAAUGAGUACAAAUAUUUAGAACCUUGGCUUAAAACUGGCUUAUUAACUUCAACUAAUCAAAAAUGGAUGCUUCGACGUAAAGCAUUGACACCUGCUUUUCAUUUUCAAAUUUUAGAUUUAUUUAUUGAAGUUUUUGAUAAGCAAAGUUCAGUUUUAAUUGAAAAGUUAAAAGUGCAUGAUGGAAAAGGGCCAUUCAAUGCAUUUCCUGUAGUUGCACUUGCAGCUCUAGAUGUUAUAUGUGAAACUGCAAUGGGAGUAUCGUUAAAUACGCAAAACGGUUCGGAAUCUCAAUAUGUGAAAAAUGUUAAUGAGCUAGCAGAUAUAGUACACAGACGAUCAUAUGAUAUCAUUGAGCGAUCUGAAACACUUUUUAAGUUUACAAAAACUUACAAACGUCAACAGCAUUUAGUGUCAGAAUUACAUAAGUUUACAGAUUCCGUUAUAAGUUCAAGGCGCGACGAACUGAAAAAUAAGAAAAUAUCGAACAGUUUAAGCAAUGAUGAUGAAUCUUUUGGAAAAAAGAAAAAAGCUCUUCUUGAUCUUCUUCUCGAGACAAAAAUUGACGGAAAAUAUCUAACCGAUGACGAUAUUCGAGAAGAAAUUGAUACGUUUAUGUUUGAAGGUCAUGAUACGACUGCAAGUGCACUUGCUUUUACAUUGUAUAAUAUAGCAAAGCAUGAAGAUAUACAAGGAAAAUGUUACGAGGAAGUUCAAAACAUAUUAGGAAGUGAUGGUAGAUUUAAUAUCAAGACUUUGAACGAAAUGACAUAUUUAGAUCUUGUUUGCAAGGAAUCUCUUCGAUUAUAUCCAAGUGUGCCAAUUUUUGGAAGAACGGUGCCUGAGGAAAUGAAAGUUUGUGGUAGAUUGCUUCCAAAGAAUACUUCAAUUUUGAUUGUUCCUUACUUUAUGGCAAGAGAUUCAACAAUAUGGGAUAAACCAGAAGAAUUCAUUCCUGAAAGAUUCGCUGGUGCUAAAGAUAGCGACGAUUCAAAUAUUUUUGGUUAUGUUCCCUUUUCUGGAGGGUACAGAAACUGUAUUGGACAGAAAUUCGCCAUGUAUGAAAUUAAGACAACAAUAUCGAAAAUAAUUUUAAACUACAAAAUAAAGCUAGAAAAAAAUUUCAAGCCACAAGAUUCUCUAGAACUCGUAAUUAAAAGCAAGAAUGGCAUAAUGAUACAGAUUGAAAGCAGAAAUUGAUAACCAAAUA